AUGGCGCUUAAAAAGCAGAUAUGGACAUUGAUGUCCAAAAACUUCAGGGCGAUAUUGUUUCGUCACGUGAAGACUUGUAUCAUGAUGGCCUUUGUUCUGCCCAUCGUCCUUUCAUACUUCUUCAGUUUCGCCAAGAAUCUCUACGCUCCGCCUGCAAAUUACGGUAUUGGCAAAAUCCGUUCCAUCAUGACCCUCCCUGAGGCUUUCAGUGCCGCCAAGAGCAGUGGAAGAACCAAGAUCGUCCUCGUCAACAACGGUUUCACCGGAGGCAAUAUCGAUCUUGUUUUGGAAAAGAUUGCAAACGCUGUAACGACUGAUGGAUCCAUGGACCUUGUUAGGGUUAGCCAUGAGAACGAUUUGGUUACUACUUGUCGUAGCAGUUUGCGAGGCGUUACAGCCUGUUUCUGCGCCGUUGUGAUGCGGUCGUCGCCAAAUGAAGGGCCUGGGGGGCUUUGGAACUACACCAUUCGUACUGACGCAGUGUUCUGGAGCGAGCCCGUCAAGUUUGAUGUAGACAAGUCGGUCAACGUCGAGCAGGUGUAUAUCCUACCUAUGCAAAAAGCCGUCGAUGCCAUCAUCGCAAAUAUCAACGGCUCCAACUCGGAUCCCUUGGCUAAGACGGAAGGGCUGCCUUUUGCCAGCAUGACACAGAAAGUACGAGAUGAAACGGUCCGGCAAGUGUAUCACAGGUCGAUUAUCAACUUUAUGGCCGUCGCAUUUAUCGCCAACAUCUUGUGGAUUACUUACCACCUUACUGGAUUCGUCGCCGCGGAACGUGAGAGUGGCAUGUCUCAGCUUCUCGAUUCAAUGAUGCCGGUUAGCAAGCCAUGGAAAGCUCAAGCCGCUCGCAUUAUUGCACACCAUUUGUCCUUUUCUAUGAUUUACGCUCCUGCAUGGAUGAUCGGCUCCGUCAUCAUUCGAUUUGGCGUCUUCGUCAACACCAGCAUCGUCAUUAUUCUUUUUUUCAAUUUGUUUUCCGGUUUGGCCCUCGCGUCCAUGUCUAUUCUGUUUGCUUCAUUCUUCAAAAAGGCUCAAUUGAGUGGUAUUACUGCCACUAUCAGCAUCGUGCUCCUCGGUAUUCUGGCCCAGGCUCUGACACAACCGACGACCGGUCCUGUCGCCGUCUUAUCUGUGCUCUUCACUCCCUGCAAUUAUGUAUAUUUUCUCACGUUCAUGGCGAAGUUCGAGAAGUGGGACAGGGCGGCCAAUCUUGUGCAAAACCCUCCCGCUAGCUCAUGGGAGAUGCCAGGAAUUGCGUUUUUUAUCAUUGUCAUUACUCAAAUUAUUAUAUAUCCGCUACUUGGCGCUCUGGUUGAAAUGAAGCUCUAUGGCACAACCACCGAGGCACGCAAGAUUCAAUUCCAGGAGGGCGGCGAGAGCACUUUGGCUGAAAAUGCUAUAGAACUGGACAAGCUCACAAAGAUUUAUUACCCCAGCUUCUUUACCCGCUUGUUCUCUUCGAGAUCGAAAUCUCGUGAGCCGGUGGUGGCUGUCAAUGAGCUCAGCUUCCAAGCAGGACGGGGUCAAAUUGUCGCUCUUUUGGGUGCAAAUGGCAGUGGAAAGAGUACUACUUUAGAUGCUAUUGCUGGUCUACACAAGCUGACCAGCGGAUCAAUCACCAUUGACGGUAGGGGUGGACUUGGUAUUACGCCGCAGAAAAACGUCCUUUGGGAAGAUUUGACUGUUGCAGAGCAUCUCACCGUCUUUAACGUGCUAAAGGCCCCAGAGGCUCCGGCGUCCAAGGCGGAAAUUACGGAUCUUAUUAGGUCGAUUGACCUGUAUCCCAAACGUAAUGCUCUGGCCAAGACUUUGUCUGGAGGCCAAAAACGAAAGUUACAGCUUGGUAUGAUGUUGACCGGCGGAAGUGCAGUUUGCUGUGUCGAUGAAGUGAGCAGUGGGCUGGAUCCCUUGUCUCGGCGAAAAAUCUGGGAUAUUCUCCUCGCGGAACGGGGACGACGAACUCUAAUUCUUACAACCCAUUUCUUGGAUGAAGCCGAUCUCCUUGCCGACCACAUUGCCAUUCUGUCCAAGGGAACUCUUCGUGCUGAAGGGUCAUCUGUGGAGCUGAAGGACAGAUUUGGCAGCGGAUAUCGCGUUCACGUGCAGAAGAACCCUGGCGCAUCGCACAUGCCUAGCAUCCCGGGAGUCCAAAAGAAGGAAUCGUUUGAUUUAGUCACCUAUGUCGCGCCUACAUCAAAUCUGGCCGCCCAAGUCAUUAUGACUCUGGAAGAUAAUGGUAUCACCCAGUAUCGUUUUUCUGGUCCGACCAUCGAGGACGUUUUCCUUCAAGUUGCGGAGGAAAUCAAAGAUGAGGAUGCGUUAAAGGGCGUCGCCUCAGGUAUCCUUGGAGAAGUGGAGGGUGCGAAUGAAAAGGGCAUAUUUUCGUCAAAGGAGGGCUCAACUCAUCAAGGGUUGAAGCUGCUCGAUGGCAAGCGAGUGGGCUUCGUCAAGCAAGCCAUGAUUCUUUACAGAAAACGGGUUACUGUGCUUAAACGCAAUUGGAUCUUGUAUCUCAUUGCGUUCCUAUUACCGAUUUUCGCCGCUGGCCUCACAGCUCUCUAUGUCAAGGGCAAAAGUCAAACCGGCUGUAUUCCAGCUGACCAGCCGUCCUCUGGGACUGGAGACGCUGUUACGCCGGCCGAGACCAGCGACAAGAUUGUGUUCUUGGCUGGUCCAGCUUCCAAGCUCUCCGUCGCAACCAUCACCGGCCUGCUACAGCCGCUAUUCAACGGCUCAAUAAGUAGUGCUGCCAUGGGUUCUGCAAUCCUACCGAGUGUUCAACUAGUUGAUACUUUUGACUCUUGGAGACAGCAUAUCAACGACGAUUUUCGUAACAUCACCACAGCGGUGUGGUUCGGAGAUGACAGCUCAAAUCCAACAAUUGGCUGGGUGGCCAACUCGUUUCUUAGUAGCUCCAUUACAGCACAGCAGCUCCUCGAUGUCAUUCUCACCAACACAACCAUUGCUACAACCUGGUCGUCGUUCGACGUACCGUUCAACCCCGGCAUUAGCGAUGCCUUGAGUCUUGUCGUUUACAUGAGUCUCGCUCUGGCUUGUUAUCCUGCAUUCUUUGCGCUCUACCCCAGCAAUGAACGAAGGCGAUUCGUACGUGCGCUGCAGUAUUCCAACGGUGUUCAAUCAUUUCCGCUGUGGGUGGCCUACCUCUUGUUCGACUUUACUGUUGCAGUGCUUACUUCGGCAAUUGUAACUGCAUUGUGGGCUCGCUUGUCCAAUAUCUGGUUUCAUCUGGAAUAUGUCUUUAUUGUGCUUUUCCUGUAUGGGCUGGCGUCAAUUUUGUAUUCCUACAUAAUCUCGCUAUUCACAAAAUCCCAGCUGGCUACGUUCGCUUGGUCGGCUGCCACGCAAGCCGUUUUCUUCCUUGGGUACCUGAUUGCAUACAUAUGUGUAGUCACAUACGUACAAGUAAGCCACAUUGACUCGACGUUGCUCAUAUGCCAUUUUGUUAUCUCGGCCUUCUCACCAAUUGCAAGCGCAACUCGGGCGAUGUUUCUGGCGACGAAUCUCUUCGCAACAGCUUGUGACGGCAACGAGAUAUCCACGAAACCUAUGGGACUUGUCGCAUACGGCGGCCCAAUCCUCUACCUAGUUACUCAAUGCAUUGUCCUUUUCGGUCUGCUACUGUGGUUUGAUAGCGGCAAUGUCGGUGCAUCCAUCCGCGGACUCUUUGACCGCAGCCAGCGAACCGAGUCCACGAACGAGCUGGAUGCAGAGAUGACUGAAGAGCUGACCAGAGUAACCAGCACUGGUCAGACCAAAGAUGGGCUUCGCGUCGUGCACCUGACAAAAUCCUUCAAAAAGAAUACAGCAGUCGACAAUGUCACGUUUGGGAUUAAGCGUGGUGAAGUGUUCGCUCUUUUGGGGCCAAAUGGUGCUGGCAAGUCCACGACGAUUUCUCUCAUUCGAGGUGAUAUCAAGCCCAGCCGCAAUGGCGGCGACAUUUUCGUCGAGAAUGUAUCCGUCUCCAAGAACCUAGCUGCAGCACGAACAUAUCUAGGUGUGUGUCCCCAAAUCGACGCAUUAGACCAGAUGACAGUCCGGGAGCAUCUUGAAUUCUACGCCCGAAUCCGUGGCAUCCCCGACAUCGAGCACAACGUCGCAGCAGUCUUGCGAGCAGUAGGCUUGGAAGCAUUUGCAUCCCGCAUGGGCUACGCCCUAUCCGGAGGUAACAAGCGCAAGCUAAGUCUCGGAAUCGCACUCAUGGGCAAUCCCACCGUGGUGCUGCUUGACGAACCGUCAUCCGGCCUCGACGCUGCCUCCAAAAGAAUCAUGUGGAAGACACUGGCUGCCACCGUUCACGGCCGUUCCAUCCUCCUCACAACGCACAGCAUGGAAGAAGUAGGCGCCGUCGCCGGACGCGCCGGCAUCCUCUCGCGCCGGAUGCUCGCCGUAGGAACCCCUGAUAACCUCCGCCACCGCUUCGGCGAUGCCCUUCACGUCCACCUCGUAUCCAGCACGGCUCCUCGAACGACCGACGAAGAAAUGCAAGCGGUAAUCUCAUGGAUCCAAACCCGUCUACCAUCCGCCAAUGUCGACGCAAAGACAUACCACGGACAAUUGCGCUUCUCCGUCUCCGCAAACGACGUCCUGGCCCUUCAGAAGCAACAGAGCACCACUAGAGUUGCAGAUAUUAUAUCCCACGAAAGCGACAUGGCCCACGCUGCUCGUGAAGGUAGCGCCAUUGGCCAACUCGUCGUGCUCCUGGAAGUGAAUAAGAAGACGUUGGGUAUUAGUCACUACAGUGUUAGUCCUACCACUUUGGAUGAAGUAUUCCUGACUAUUGUAGGCCAGCAUAAUGUCAAGGAGGAGAAUUACGAAGAACAAAAGAAGAGUAAAUGGUCCAAGGUGAUCAAGUUUAGUAGCUCGAAGCAGUGUGUCCAAUAG